UGCAUCACUAGUUGGUGUUGGUACAAGCCUUUAUAUCAACAAAGAGGAAGAAGUGGGAAAUGGCUCAAGGCAACACCCUACAGUACAACUCCUCUGACGAAGAGGCUCUAACAGAGCACUAUGAAAUCCUAAAGACCCUUGGUCGGGGAGCAUUUGGAGAAGUAAAAUUGGCUAGCCAUCUACUCACCCAGACAAGGGUAGCAGUAAAAGUUCUUCCAAAAGGCACAAAGAAUAGCUUCAUCAAAUCAGAAAUUGAAAUAAUGAAAUCUCUAGACCAUCCCAAUAUCAUUAAACUUCUGCACAUAAUCGACACCACAAAUACCACGUACAUAGUUAUGGACUAUGCCAUAGGCGGAGAGCUGAUGGACAGGAUUGUGGAGUUUGGCUACCUACAGGAGGAGGAGUCCCGUAAGGUAUUUAAACAGAUGGUAUGUGCCCUUCAGUAUUGUCACAUGAAAGGGAUUGUUCACAGGGAUCUAAAGCCUGAAAAUAUUUUAGUGGACGGCAAAGGAAAUAUAAAACUCAGUGAUUUUGGGCUGGGCACCAAGCUUACCCUGGGGCAGAAGCUAGCACAUUUCUGUGGGACCGUUCCUUAUUGUGCCCCAGAAGUCUUUAAAGGUGGAAGCUACGAUGGCCGAGCAACCGACAUCUGGAGUUUGGGGGUUGUACUCUACUUUAUGUCUACAGGGUGCCUCCCUUUCAAGGGAACUGCCUUUGUAGGAAUAAAGGAGCAGAUCUUGGUGGGAAAGUACUCUGUUGAAUUCAAGCUGUCGCCAGAGCUUUGGGAUCUUAUUGCUAAGUUGUUAACUAUAAAUCCUGGAGAAAGACCAACAAUAGAUGAUGUUGUGGGCUUUCAAUGGCUGAAGCAUGGCAAUGAAGGUUCUCCCAAUCCCUUUAGAGAGAACGAUGAGGACAGAUACCCAGACCCCACUGUGAUGGCCAUCAUGGGUGUCAUGGGUUAUAAGCAAGAACAGAUACUGGAAGCUUUACACGAGAAGAAGUUUGAUCAAGUGAUGGCCACCUACUUGAUUCUUAGGCAGCAGUCACCCUGGGAAGACAUUACAAAAGAUCUUCAGCCCAAGCAGUCUGCUGGAACCUUGAACCUUACAGGCCCUCCCACAACACCUAAAGUGACUAUCAAGAGGGGAUCUAGUGUCUCUAUCCUUUCCACUUCUUCCAGUUUGCACACUCUAACUGAGAGUCCUGAGAAUGACAAAAAGGGGAGAACGAGGUACAGUAGGCCUCCCACCCUGAACUGCCCUGACAAGAAAACAGCCCCCAUUCACAGAAUCUGCCCCCAGUGUGUGCAUGAGGCUAAUUUCAUGAACAGCACCUCGGGGGAUUCAGAGAGCACUAUUAACACCUCCGAUGAAAUAUGUACCACAGUGUCUUGCCCCCAGUGUGUACAUGAGGCUAAUUUCUCGAACAGCACCUCGGGGGAUUCAGAGAGCACUAUUAACACCUCCGAUGAAAUAUGUACCACAGUGUCCUGCCCCCAGUGUGUACAUGAGGCUAAUUUCACGAACAGCACCUCGGGGGAUUCAGAGAGCACUGUUAACACCUCCGAUGAAAUAUGUACCACAGUGUCCUGCCCCCAGUGUGUACAUGAGGCUAAUUUCACGAACAGCACCUCGGGGAUUCAGAGAGCACUGUUAACACCUCCGAUGAAAUAUGUACCACAGUGUCCUGCCCCCAGUGUGUACAUGAGGCUAAUUUCACGAACAGCACCUCGGGGGAUUCAGAGAGCACUGUUAACACCUCCGAUGAAAUAUGUACCACAGUGUCCUGCCCCCAGUGUGUACAUGAGGCUAAUUUCACGAACAGCACCUCGGGGGAUUCAGAGAGCACUGUUAACACCUCCGAUGAAAUAUGUACCACAGUGUCCUGCCCCCAGUGUGUACAUGAGGCUAAUUUCACGAACAGCACCUCGGGGGAUUCAGAGAGCACUGUUAACACCUCCGAUGAAAUAUGUACCACAGUGUCCUGCCCCCAGUGUGUACAUGAGGCUAAUUUCACGAACAGCACCUCGGGGGAUUCAGAGAGCACUGUUAACACCUCCGAUGAAAUAUGUACCACAGUGUCCUGCCCCCAGUGUGUACAUGAGGCUAAUUUCACGAACAGCACCUCGGGGGAUUCAGAGAGCACUGUUAACACCUCCGAUGAAAUAUGUACCACAGUGUCCUGCCCCCAGUGUGUACAUGAGGCUAAUUUCACGAACAGCACCUCGGGGAUUCAGAGAGCACUGUUAACACCUCCGAUGAAAUAUGUACCACAGUGUCCUGCCCCCAGUGUGUACAUGAGGCUAAUUUCACGAACAGCACCUCGGGGGAUUCAGAGAGCACUGUUAACACCUCCGAUGAAAUAUGUACCACAGUGUCCUGCCCCCAGUGUGUACAUGAGGCUAAUUUC